GGGCAAACACACACCGACCAAACUUACAAAAAAAUCAGCACAACCGCAGGAGAAAAAGAAAAACAAAUCCAGCUCAUUUUCCGAUGCCUAAAUCAAAACGACAGACGAUCGUCCAUCUCUCCAAGACCUCAAAGAAGACUAAAGAAGUCAAAGCCAAGUUGAUCGAACAAAUUAAAGAAGCAUCCGAAAACUUUCAAUUCGUGUGGCUGUUCACCGUCGAUCAUGUUCGGACUGCUUAUCUACAGGACAUUCGCUCUUCUUGGAAACCAUCUCGGAUCUUCAUGGGCAGGAAUGCUGUCAUGAGGUUAGGAUUAGGUUCGAAAGAGGAAGAUGAGCACAUGCCUGGGCUAGGCGCAAUCGGCAAGCUAUUGGAAGGUGAUACCGGGUUAUUGUUCACAAAUGAGCCUCCUAAAGUGGUAGUCGAAUGGUUCGAUGAUUAUGUCAAAGCGGACUAUGCACGGAAAGGUAAUCUAGCAACUGAGACUGUAGAACUCCCAGCUGGCCCAGUGAUGAUCAAGGAGAUCAACGAUGAGCCGUCGGUAGCCGCGGGAGCGUUGGAGCCCCACUUACGAGCUCUCGGCUUACCCACGACCCUUCAAUCCCGAAUCCCAACCCUCUCCUCUCCUCAUGUGGUCUGCAAAGAGGGCGAAAAACUCGACACUAAUCAGGCCGGUCUGCUCAAGACCUUGGGUUACCAGAUGGCCCAAUUCAAAAUCGUGCUUAGUCACGUCUGGAUUAAAGACCGGUCGACCACUUUCUCUAUAGAUCAGAUCAGGGAUCAACUGAAAUAGUCUCUCAUCUCCAUUUCCUGUUCACCUUUCUUCUCCUCUACAUCCUUAUUAGUCUUGCUUUUUUUUUUCUCUCGUCUAUGAAAUUACGAUCACUUCGCGGCUUCCUUCUCUCUUAUUCUCAGCCGCUCUUCUACCACCGUCCUGUCUGUUUCUUUUUCACUUUCCAAGAUAUGUGACACAUAUCGCAUCGAAUCUGUCGAUUGUCUUAAUGUCGCCCAUCGUUCCACAGGUUCCUGUUUAUUGACCGGCCUUCUUCGGCCCUUCAGACCUAUUAAGAAGGAACGCCCCAAGUCAAACACCUUUGUAACGCUGCCAUGCACGUCGCUCUAACUAAUGCUCCGGAGCUGGUGUCAUCAUAACACCACGGACAAUUGCAUGUCGCUCCCGCGCGGAGCGACAUCUGGGGGUUUCAUUGGGGGUUUCGUGCGCAGUCACUGCGCCUACUGCCGCAG